AUGGGGGCGCAAACCCUCGCUGGAAUCAGGAAGUCCAGGUUCAAUGGACACGAUUUCAUUCAUAAAUCGCCAGAUUUAUGGCCACAACAAGUUCUACCGCCAGCAAAUACGUUAACGGAGAUGAGAGCCACGUUUUUGUUUCAUCACAUAGUAUUGACCGAGCAGUUCAUGGAUGUCAGCAGAGUCUCUAAAUGGAACAUACUUGUGCGAACAGUGACCUGUCUGUUUAGAUUCGUUUCUAAUUGUAGACGUAAAGGCCGCGGACAGCCCAUCGAGAGCCUAAAGCCGACAGAAGUUCAGGCAAAACGAAUUGUGACGAACUUGUCUGCAGUGAGAGUUCCAAUACGCCAAGCAGAAUUCAAAAAAGCCGAAGAGGUGCUGUUCAAAAUGGCACAGAGCGAGGCGUUCGGAGACGAAAUAAAAACAAUUCGCAGGAAUCAGGAAUCAGAUCGUAGUCAAUGGAUUACUCUGGAGAACUCGAGUGAACUACGCGGAAUGACGCUUCUUCUUGAUGAUUCCGGAGUCCUACGGUUGGAAGGCCGUAGUGCAAAUGCGGAGUUUCUACCAUUUGACCUGCGUUUGCCGAUUAUACUGCCGAAGGCCAACGGAGUUACAAAAAAGUUAGUCCAAUAUUUUCAUGAAAGGUUCGGUCAUGCUUUCAGAGAGACGGUGAAGAAUGAACUCAAGCAAAGAUUCUUGAUACCAAAGAUAAGUUCCUUGAUCGCUAAGGUCGAAAAGCAAUGUGUUUGGUGUAAAAUUCAUAAGAAUCGUCCACACACGCCAAGAAUGGCGGCACUUCCGGUACAACGAUUAACUCCAUUUCAACGGCCUUUCACCUAUGUAGGCGUUGAUUAUCUGGGCCCGGUGGAUGUAACCGUAGGACGACGCACAGAAAAACGGUGGGUCGUGGUCUUCACAUGCCUUGUAGUGCGAGCCAUUCAUCUCGAGGUAGCUCACAACCUUACUGGUCAGUCUUGUGUCAUGGCCAUCCGACGCUUUAUAUGUCGCCGAGGACCAGCAGCGGAGUAUUUCUCAGACAAUGGAACGAAUCUGCGAUCGGCUAGUAAAGAGAUGCUACAACAGUUUCGGGAAAUCAAGGACGAGUGCGCAGAAGAGUUCACAAAUGCCAGAACUAAGUGGCACUUCAAUCCGCCCGCCACGCCACACAUGGGAGGCGUGUGGGAGCGUAUGGUACGAACGGUUAAAGAGGUGAUGAGUGUAUUGAACGACGGCCGGAGACUCAACGACGAAAUUUUAUUGACUUCACUUUCCGAGGCAGAAGAUAUGAUAAACAGCCGUCCUCUUACGUUCGCACCACAGGAAUCGUCUGUAGCAGCUCUAUCCCCGAAUAUGUUUCUACGAGGAGUAGCACCUAACGAACCACAGGAUGUUAUAACGCCGACGAAUGUGGGUCAGGCACUUCGGGACUCCUACAAACGUUCUCAACAACUGGCAGAUAACAUGUGGCGGCGCUGGAUAAAGGAGUAUAUUCCGAGUAUCAACCAAAGAAACAAAUGGUUUGGAGAAUCCAAGGCUUUGCAGAAGGGAGAUCUAGUUUACGUUGUGGAAGGUGAACGUCGCAAGGUAUGGAUACGCGGGAUCGUCGAAGAAUUAAUCGUGUCUAGCGAUGGGAGAGUACGGCAGGCCAUGGUAAGGACCAACGGCGGGCUAUUUAGACGUGCAACCGCCAACCUAGCGGUAUUGGAGAUAAAUGAGGGUAACGCUGAUCCGGUGGCUGGAUCCGAACCAGGAUUACAGGUCGGGGAAUUGUUGAGUUCAACCAUGGUGGGCAAACCCACUAGGUCUGGCGGAAGGCACAAUUCUGUCAUCGCACUAGAGACAGCUCAGUGA